AUGUUGUGGCGUCGUUCUUUGGCCGGUGUUCGGCGAUAUUCUUCCGAGAAUAAGAAACGUAUUCCCAGCGGGUAAGCGGAUAUUACACUUGAUUUUUUGACGAUUUAGGCGGAAAAACUAGAGUACUCACAAACUGAUGUCUUUAGUUGAGAUUGAGAGGGAUUUUGGAUGGUUUCUUAUUGAUUGUUACAUCUGUUUUAUAUGUUUUUUAUUAUGCCGCGGGAGAUAUGUCUAAAACAAUGUUUUGCCUUCGAUAAAAUAGAUUUGACCUAAUUAUCUCUUGAGAAUUUGUUAGAACGUAUAAAUCGUAAAUUUGCGUUUACAUAGUCCUAUUAACGCGUUAUAUUAUUCUAUAGGCUGAAGGAAAUUCAUCAAACCCAAAUCGAAGGUGGGAUCCCCCCGUUGAACUAUGAGCAGCAACGAGAUAAAGUGUGGCUUGGUCGACAAUUUGGACGCUAUGGUCUUGCUGCCAACAUUGAAUUGGGAAAAUUAUGGCCAACAGUGGAGGUAACCCGGGGAUUGGUGUAAAAUAAGGUCUGAAAAUCGUUUUCCAGGAAAUAAAUGAGAUCAACGAGCUAAAGUUUUAUCGACCUGCUAAAGAGGCUGUUGAGUUGGCCCAGAAGAUCGCAAAGGAAGAAGAAGCUAGAAAACGAAAGCAGUAAGUUUCUUUGCUCAUAUUUUUGUUGGAUUUUUAGGUGUGAAAACAUGGAAAAAGCAGUGAAAACCGUUAUCAAUUUGCUUUUUGUUUGGAUUAUUAAUGAGUUUAUUUGUUUAGCAUUGAAACAGUGAAGAAGAACCUCCAAGAUUAUGACAAAGUCCUCUCUGAAUAUAAGGAAUCCCUGAACGCACCCCCGGCCGAGAAAACGCCGGAAGAAUUGGCAAAUGAAAGGCGUAUGCAAGAGAUUCAAGAGUACUUUGGGUACUGGAUUGACCCCAGUGAUCCACGGUUUGAGGUUAUGUUGAAGCAAAAGGAGGCUGAGGAGGCGAAGGUAUGGUUUUGACAUUAUACUUGAUAUCUGUCAUGGAUAAUGUAUAAUUUUUUUGUUUUUAGGCCGAAAAGAUGGCUAAGAAGGAGGAAAAGAAGAAAAGAACAGUUGCUGCUACCAGCUAG